UGCGGGAGCCACGUGGGCGGUCAGUGCCGGGGAUGGAGGUUCUGAGGAUGCUCGUGCUGAGGAGGGCGGGCGGUCUCUGCCCGGGGAGAUGCGGGACUCUGGCGAGACCUCCGCGGGUCCGAGACUUCAGCACCACGGCUUCCAGGAGCACUGUCAUGCCGGCUUGGGUGAUCGAUAAAUACGGGGCCAAUGAAGUGCUCCGAUUCACAAAGAACAUGAUGUUUCCUGUCAUAUACUAUCCAAAUGAAGUCAUUAUUAAGGUCCAUGCUGCCAGUAUAAACCCUAUAGAUGUUAACAUGAGAAGUGGGUAUGGAGCAAGAGCUUUAAAUAUGAAGCGUGAUCCACUGAUUAUGAAAGACCUUGGGCAAGAAUUUCCUUUGACCCUGGGCCGGGAUGUCUCUGGCGUGGUGAUGGAAUGUGGGCUUUCCGUCACCUAUUUCAAACCUGGAGAUCAGGUGUGGGCAGCAGUUCCUCCAUGGAAACAGGGCACUCUAUCAGAGUUUGUCGUAGCCAGUGCAAAUGAGGUGUCUCAUAAGCCCAAGUCUCUCACUCACACUGAAGCUGCUUCCUUGCCCUAUGUUGCUCUCACAGCCUGGUCUGCCCUGAGCAAGGUUGGUGGGCUGAAUGACAAGAACUGUAGUGGAAAACGCGUUUUAAUUUUGGGAGCUUCAGGUGGAAUUGGUACCUUUGCUACGCAGUUACUGAAAGCGUGGGGUGCCCACGUGACAGCAGUUUGUUCUGGGGAUGCCACUGACCUGGUCAAGAAGCUUGGAGCAGAUGAUGUAAUUGAUUACAGAUCUGGAAAUGUGGAAGAACAGUUGAAAUCCUUGAAACUGUUUGACUUUGUCCUAGAUAAUGUUGGUGGAGGCACUGAAGAUUGGGCUCCAAAAUAUCUCAAGAAAUGGUCAGGUGCCACAUAUGUGACACUGGUCACUCCUUUUCUGCUGAAUAUAGACCAGCUCGGAAUAGCAGAUGGCAUGGUACAAACAGGAUUUACCGUGGGCUCUAAGGCACUGAAGCAUUUUUGUCAAGGAGUCCAUUAUCGAUGGGCCUUUUUCGUGCCCAGUGGUGUGUAUUUGGAUGACAUUGCAGAACUGGUGGAAGCAGGAAAGAUCCGACCAGUUAUUGAAGAAACCUUCCCUUUCUCUCAAGUUCCCCAAGCCUUUCUGAAGACAGAAGGUGGACAUGCACGAGGAAAGACAGUGGUUAAUGUAGUUUAAGAAAAAGAAAAUACACUGACUGUUGAUCAACAGAUCUCACACUUGUUGUUUGCCUCUGGCAUAUGCUCCCAUUUCCUUCCUGACUCUCCACAUUUAUCAGAGGUUUAAUGAGCAUGAGUUUUGAUAGUUUUCAGGAGAUGAGGGGAAAUGUCUUUACGUUUCCCUGAGUCUCUAGCCACAAGUCUGAUUUAAGUGUUCCUGACUUAGGAUUAUUCACUGUCCACAUUAAGUGCUGCCAGAAUGAAGCUGAACCAGAGCUGACUGCAGCUGCUUCUUCCAUCAUGUUCUUUGUGAAGCUCCUGAUUCAUUAGGUAAUAGGAGUGCUCCAGGGAGAGGCAGGACUUCUGCCCUGAGAUGGCCUCCAGGAGGCUCUUGAAGGAGCCCUCAACUGUAGUAACUAGUGCUCAAGGUCUCUGCUCUGCCCCUCGCUCCCUGGGGUCAGGAGGCAGGCAGCUGAGAGAAGGUCUGACAUCCCAGGGCUAUCAGAAGGUGAGCAGGCAUGGAAUUGUGGGAGGAGCACUGGGUGUGGACUUCAGGAGUCCUGCUUCUGCCACUCACUAGUUCUGACCUGGGGCAAGUCUUUCCUCCCCUAAGCCCGUUCCUCUUCUCUAGGGACAGGAGUGGAGCUGUGGCUUCAUUGGCAUAGGGAGCUCCAGGAUGAGGAAACUCCCUCCGUCAGUACAGGUAGCACCUUUCCUGUAAAUUGUACAGCUUUAGAGAAUUGUCUAGAGCACUGAGAGGUUAAGUGAUUUGUUCAGAUUUCGCACACACCAAAAUUGGUCAGACUGAACUUGAAUUCAGGGCUUCCUGGCUGUCAGGCCAUUCCUCUAUCUACUAUACCAUGCUUCCUUAUCUGUAAGAGAUAAUCUUAUGUGAGCUACCAAUUUCAUAGGAUUAUGAGGAUCAGAUGAGAAUACAUAUAAAGCACUUUGUAAACUAUAAAAACCAUACAGUUAUAAGUUGUUUUGAA